AGAUCAGGGACAAGUCAACUCCUAACCUAAAAAGCCACAGCAGUCUUUUUUAGUUUUAGUUUUUAGUCUAAAAUAUUUAUUAUACAAAAUGUUUUUGCUUUGUAGUGAUGUUUAAAAAUAUAUUUCAUAAUAUAAGCAAUUUAGUAAAUUAUUCAUCGAAGUCAAAAUACAGUAUUAUCAAACGUUUUAAUUCAAUAAACAUGAAGAUCGGCACACACGAUGGUGUUUUUCAUUGCGACGAGGUUUUAGCCUGCUGCAUGUUAAAAUUGUUACCUAACUUCAAAGAUGCUGAAAUAGUACGUACAAGAGAUAUGGAGAAGCUAAACACGUGUGACAUAGUUGUGGAUGUUGGUGCUGUUUUUGACCAUGAGAAACAACGCUAUGAUCAUCAUCAGAGAGAAUUUAAUGAAACAUUAAGCACUGUGAGACCAGAACUAGGUGAUAAGUAUAAAAUCAAGUUAAGUUCUGCAGGUCUUGUUUAUGCAUUCUAUGGUGAAAAAGUAAUUCGUACUCUCCAACCUAAGGAUGCACCUUUAAGCGAUGAUAACUUAAAAGUUAUCUUUAAAAAGGUCUACGAAAACUUGAUAGAAGAAAUAGACGGCAUUGACAAUGGUGUACCAAUGACAGUUGAAGAACCAAAAUACAAAAUUCGUACACAUUUAAGUGCUCGUGUUGGCAGACUUAAUCCAGAAUGGAACAGUAAACAAACAGUUGAUAUGAAUGAAGUUUUUAAAGAAGCAAUGAAUAUGGUUAGAGAAGAAUUUACGUUUAUGGUUAAUUAUUCAAUAUCAGUAUGGUUGCCAGCUCGUGAUUAUGUUAAAUCUGCAUUAGAGAGUAGAUUUGAGGUACACAAAUCCGGAGAGAUCUUGGAGUUCAAAGAGAGGUUCCCUUGGAAAGAACAUUUAUUUGAUUUGGAAACUGAAAUGGGUUUAGAACAUCAAACUAAAUAUGUCAUAUUUAAUGAUAAACCUAACUCGUGGAGAGUGCAAGCAGUUUCUGUGGAUCCACUUAGCUUUUUACUAAGGAAGCCACUCCACAAAGACUGGUGGGGUGUCAGAGAUGAAAUACUGAGUAAAGUGUCAGGUAUAGACGGUUGUAUCUUUUGUCAUAGUACCGGGUUCAUCGGUGGCAAUGUGUCAAGAGAUGGUGCUUUGAAGAUGGCUAUUGCUAGUUUGGAAGCCAACGAAUAAUAUAUAUAAUAAAUUAUUAC